AUGAGUAUGGAUGCACCCGCUGCCAUCAAUUUCUUUAAGGGACACCCAGCUUUUCGCCUGCUUCCCAAUAAGGAGAUCCUAGAGGCUACCACCGAGUUGUUAACGCCUGCAACAAGACCUUACGAUGCUGACACUGAAAACAGACACCCAUUGACGUAUGGUUCUGAUUUGGGGGCCCUUUGGGUGCGUGAGCAGAUUGCUCGAUUCAAUAAUGAGAAGAUCUUCCAUGUCAAUCAUACUAAACCGGAAUUCCUUAAUUUGACGUCAGGUGCAUCGUAUGGGAUAUUGAAUGUGCUGUUGCAGACAAGUUUACCACAUACUGGGUACACCAAACAGGCAUUCAUUGUGACACCAACUUACUUUUUAAUUAAUGAUUGUUUCAUUGAUGCUGGAUUUGGUGGGAAAUUGACUGCCAUCGACGAAACUAUGGGAGAUGAAUAUGAUCUAAACUUAGAGUUACUGGAGACUAACUUGAAAUCUUUUGCAGAAGAAGAGGAUGAGAAGGAGAGUAUUAGUUGUAUUCAAAGAGAUAAAAUCGGGGUAGAAAAUAAGAAAAUUUACAGGUUCGUCAUGUAUUGUGUUCCCACUUUUUCUAAUCCAUCAGGGAACACUUAUUCGUUAAAGACAAAAUUAAAAUUAAUAGAGUUGGCAAGACGAUAUGAUAUGUUAAUCAUAUCUGAUGAUGUUUAUGAUUUAUUAGAUUAUGAGCAGUUCCUCGACGUGCUCCCUCAUGUGCCGAAGAGAUUUGUUCAUUUGGACAGAGAAACAAGUACUCAUCCAGAAAAUUCAUUUGGGAAUACUUUAUCCAAUGCAACUUUCUCCAAGAUCAUUGCACCUGGAUUGAGAUUUGGAUAUACUGAAUCAAUUUCGAACAAAUUGGUGUUGCAAUUAUCCAGAGGUGGUGCAAAUACAUCCGGUGGUACACCAUCGCAACUCAAUUCUAUGAUUGUUGGAACCAUGCUUAAAAAUGGAUUAGUGGAUAAAGUGUUACACAACCUGAGACAAACUUAUAAGGAAAGAAGUGUGGUAAUGUAUGAAUCCAUUAAGAGAUGGCUACCGCGUAAAACUCAAUGUCAAUUACAGAAAGGUGGAUAUUUCACUUGGAUUACAUUACCCCUGGGCUACGAUGCAGUGGAGAUUGGAAAGAUGUUAAAUGACAAGUACCAAGUGGUAUUGGCUAAUGGAAGCAAUUUUGAAGUCAUUGGUAAUGAAAGAAAGUGGGGCGAACGGUCCGUGAGACUCUCCAUCAGUUUCCUUGAGACGCAAGAUAUCAGAGCAGGCAUUAAAGCCUGGGGCAGUGUAUGCCAAGAGUAUGCGUCAGAACAUGGCCUUAUCUUCUAG